AGUUGUUCAUCCUCAGCCCUCAGCCCUUCCUUCAACUACUACUAAGGCCACAUUAGCCACAGCCCACCCAGCCAUGACCGUACAUAUCCGGCACUGACGCGACAAAACUAAAUAACUAUUAAUUACUAAUCCUUCCGUCCACGCAAUUCUCCAACUAAUACCUGGGUAUCUGCCGCAGCGAGAAUUCCAUGGCUCAAUAAUCAUCUACACGUCUGCUUAUUGCUUGCUUCGCGCUUAGUGAUUCGAGCUUCGUAUUGCCUCCUCUCGGCGUAGGCAUAGCGGAGAUGGAGCUCGGCAUGUGCCGGAGACCUCAAAGAUUGAAAUCGACUCAUCAAACUCGCAUCCACCUCCGUAUUCUAUCUUUCCGUUAGUUGUUGGCGCUUGGCCAAAGGCAAUCUUGUGCCAUCUCGCCUCUUUCAUGGGAACGAUUGUCGCAUCGGAAUGAUUGAUACGAUUUACGAUAUGGACACUGGUGAAUAUGAGACAAAUGCAUUGGUAAUUAAUAAUAUAUCGUUUGUCAACUUUGCUUUCUACGACCCCGUCUCUCCGACUCUCGCGUCUUUCGGUUCCAAUGCGCUCGACCUCGAGAAUGGACUUCGAAGAGAUGGAUUCUUGGCUUAUUUCGAUACUGUUCGACGGGGGGUGUGGUGUUUCCGCCUAUCGCAAAAGGAUAGACAAUCAGCUGCGCCAACCUUUCCCAAAUCAGUUGGAAGUGCUGGAUUUACCUUUUCUUUAACUGAAGAGGGUGCCCUGGAACCCGCCGCACUUGUUAAGAAUCGCCAAUAUGGCCCAAAUGCAGGAAACACACCAGCAAGCUCCUCGUCGUCUAGUGCUUCUGCUGGUCUCGAUUCAGCUUACCGAAAUACCCAAUCUGCUACCCUCCCGCCGGUUCAGCCAUUCCAGCCAUUCCCUACUCUAAGUGAACAGGAACCUAAAAUAGCCCCAUAUGUUGAUUCGAAACUCGCUUCUUCGACCUCAAUAAAGGAUAUUUACGAACAUUUUAUCCUUGCCGCCCUAUCGGCAAUUUCUUCCAGCUUUUGCGCCACUACUGGCGCUAUCCCAUUGAGCUCACGAAUUCUUCUCCUCCCUAGGUCUUCUCAUAGUGAUUGCAUCGAUACUCCGGCUAUUCUAGCCUCCCUGCGCAUAUAUCUUACAACCACAGGCAGUCUCGUUAUAUCUUUCGCCCUCUCUCCGGCUGAAGGCAUAAUCAACCUAUCUGAAAAUAUGGGACACACCUUACCAUCUCUUGGCGUAACAGUUUUAGCUGCGCCGCUAGGCAUGUUCGCUACAUGCCAUCCUAUCGCGAGCUCCGAUACUGCUGCUACUGAUAGCGGAUUUGCCCAGUCACCCGAUACGCAAGUCAUGAGACUACGGUCCGAGAGAGACGACGGUCCGUGGCGGAAUGUCUGUGCCAAAUUCCUUCAAGCGCGUAAUAUACCAUCUUCGUUCUGUGAAUCUCAAAACUGGAUUGGCCUUCAACGAAUGCGACGGAAGCCGACGGAACAGAAUAUUGAUGGAAAACGAACUCCGCUGAUAGGAGCGCCUAGCAUAUCGUGGCCUGUCAAUCUCUGCUUUUGUAAGAUAUUUUCACGACUCACAAUUGGAGGCGAGACAGAAGAUCAGUCCGCGUCCCAAUCUGACCGGAAUUUUGACCCUCUAAAAGCCGCGAAGCAAUGGGUUUUAAGUGCUGGAGAACGAGACGAGUCCCUGGCAAAGAACAAGAAGGAAAGAGAUGCCGUAACAGCCCGUGAGGUUUCAAUGGCCGAUGGCCAGGCUCAGCAUGCGAGUAGAUUAUCGCCUUUAACCUUGCAACGGCCAAACAACGCCAAUGCGUUGCCGGGAGGUUUAUAUCCCACGCCACCAGGGGCCCAGAAUAUUAUAGGCGCAACCCCAUCUAUGGACGGGACAGCUUCUAGCCCCGGGAAUAAUGCGACCGCUACAACGAUGACAGACGUUGAUGCAAUUCGCGCUAUGCCAUACAACGACGGCUGGGAACACACAGAGGUCAAACGCGAGCGUAUUGGUACCUCAUUUGAGACCGAGAAUCUCUUCGGCGAGCUGGGUCCCGAUAUGUUUGGAGAUGCAGAUAUCACUGAAGCCGAUUUUAAUUUCUUCGACGAGCAACCGGGCGAUAUGGGUCUAGGUUCACUUGAUCUUCCUGGGCUCUCAGGAACUGAUCCAAGUCUUGAUCUUACGGUUAGCCUGCCCUCGACACAGGAGUCCCAAACCAAAUUAGGUCCUCCAAGUAUUCAUUUACCAGAUACAACUCCUUCGCCAACGUUCACAAAACCCGAGCUUAGGCAUGCUCGAAGUUCGUUAGAGGACCCUCGACGUUUAGCAGGGCUAGAAUCCAAUAAAUUCCAGCCACCGAGUUUGAAACGACCUGCCAGCCCAUUUAACCCCGAUACAGUAUAUAAGAGGAUCAGAGCGUCUUUGGACAACCAUAAGGCUGUUCAGAAGAACUCACGAAUUAGCGCGUCCCCCCAUAGCAGCAUUUUUGACAAAGUGAAUUUUGGACCUUGCUUGUCAAUAGUGAACAGCAAAUAUGAAGGAAGCGGGCGCUUCGAUUAUUCUCUUGAGCGAUCCGGAGAUGCUAAGUCGCCUAGCCUAAAUGAGCCACCGACGACCGACUAUUUGCGAAGACAUGUAAAAGGUCGAAAAGGCCUCAAAGAACUGCCUGCAAAAGUCGGGCAAAUUUUGAUUCGUGCUUCUGGAGCCCAAGUUCCGGUCUCGAAUGGCGCAAGUCCUUCAAAUAUCCCAUCGAAUACCGAAGAUGUCCAUUCAGAUGCAGACGAGAUCAGUCUCGUAUCAGAUCAAGAUGACUCGAGCUAUGACGGCGAUGAGCCUUUAUCCCCAAUAAAAUCAGUAAGCAUGAGACGGCGGUUAGUCGAUGACGAUGGUGAAUCGCUUGCCACAUCAUUUAGAGAACUUGAAUCUGUGGAUGUGAGCUCGCCGCAUGAAUUUCCGCAGACUUGCAAAUCCGAGGCGGACCUUCCGCUCACCAAAUACUUCGCUGAUCCCGAACCGCCUCUAUUUCAAUAUUCAUUACCAGAUGACCAACUAAUAAUUGCCGCGCAAAUUCUGACGGAUCAAUUUGCUACUUGCACUCUCCCAGCCAAUGCGGCAUCGCAACCAUUUGGAUUAAAGGUUGACCGGCGUCGUCAGCUCACCAGUUUGACACGCAGAUCUAUUCAAGACAUUAAGUCGAGCCUCCCCCCGUGUCUAGCAGUUGCUACCGAAUGUCAAUUUCGCCCUUUCAUCGAACUCCAAGAUGUGCCUCUUCUUGGCCAGCCCACAAGGAUGCAACCUAGGCCACCAAAUGCCGAUCAAAUGAGACCGAGCAACUUAUUCCAGAUACCCUCUCCACAUUUCGAACUACGUCGGUACGAAUCCAAGCUAUCUGUCUUGCCGUCUGCGGUUGCUUUCUGGGAGAGUCUUGGGCUUAGUCCAUCUCCUGGGAAUAAAGACAUUAAUGCCAUCUGCAUAUUUCCCGAUUAUGAAGGUCUCGCAGACGAUAUGCUAGUAUUCACAGAUAGAAUGCGUAGUAUUUACGAAUCAUUGAAGCUGGGCUCAUUCAAUCGUCUACCAACGACCUCUGGCAUAGAAAAUGGCUUGUUCUCUUUCGCUGUUGAGAAAGACCCUAUACCUUUCAACAAAUCGUCGCCUUCUCUGAGACCAUCAUUAGCGAAUUGCGCCUCCAAGGUCUGUCAAGUACUAGCCUCAAUGAACGUAGAAGAGAUCAAUUUCGUUGUUUUCUUCGUUUACUCGCCUGAGGUUACGAGUUCGAUUGUUGAAAGCUGUGCCGUCUUCAAUCAGGUCUUUGAAAAUUACAGGAGAUUGCUAUCCACUAAAAAGCUACCAAUUGUUAACGACUUGGCUCUGCAAUUAGUGCCACAAGAUUUUGUGGCGUCUUCAAAUUCGGUUGCUAUGCCAUCCCCCUUUGAGUUCUCUAAAUUGGCUAUCGAAACAUAUGAUAGGUGCAUUCAAUUCGGCGGCACCUCACCAUCUCCAGCCUUGAUGCUUGAGCAACCACCACCGCGGAUGAUUGAUUUCAAACUAACAACAAGUCCGUCUGCAUCCUUACUACACGAAAAUGCAUGCCUUCACAUCGCUUAUGCGCAGAGCAUUGACGGGAGGUGGAUUACUGCCGCUUGGACAGAUAAUAGGGGCAGUCAACAAAUGACAGCAUCAUACGGCCUUGGAAGAAAGGGGAAGAACCUGUCGAGACCAAUUGGGGAUGCAGCGAGAGGGAUUUGGGAGGCGACCCUCGAUUUUAUCUCCGCCUGGAAAGUGCACUGGAGGGUUAUUAUCGCGAAAUGUGGUGCGAUGGAGCAAUCUGAGAUAGAGCUCUGGUCUGCUCUCGCUCAGGCAGAAUCGAAGAUCAGCCUAACACUCAUUGCGGUAGAUACCGAUCCCUCAAUGCAACUACUUCCGCCGAUUGUCAAGGUGUCUAGUAGCGCUCUAUCGGUAUUUUACACAACACCAGUUUCGACACCACAAGGGUCCAUGGUCUCGCCUGAGCAAAGUGGCAAUCCGCCUACCCCUAUCCGGGAAAACAUGGGGACAAGUGCACCUACUCCAGGAGCCGACAACAACCCGGAGUCCGACGGUGACUCUACGUUAACAGAAAUUACGGACCAAACUUGGGGGGCCGUUUUAUCGCAUAGAUUAAAUAACUCAAGCUCUUUAAUGGAGCUAAAUCCCGCUCUUGUGAGUGGCUACUUGGUAAAACGAGGUGGAUCGCGGGCCGAAGACCCUCUAGUCGUGAUGGAGGUUAGCAUCGUACAUACCGAAGGCCACAUAAGAGCAUACGAGUCGUUGCUAAGAGAGAUGCUUACAUACUACCGAGGUCUGGGGACAUUGGCCAGGGCUCGCGGGAUGGUUGAUAAGGAGACUGAUAUCCGACCAUGGCACAUCGCGGCCGCGGAGAAAGCUGUUAAGGCGCUGUAUAUGCUAAUGUGAUAUGCUAGGGUUGCUUUUUCGAGGCGCAGAGGGCAUUGCAUGGGGAGGUUACCGUCUUAGAAGGAUAGAAGACAGCAGUUCAGUAUUAGCGACGUAAUAAGAUACCAAUGCUUAUUGAGU